AUGCUUCGUGAGCUCUACGACAACUUCACGACCAGCAUUUCGCCAUCCUACAAGGAAGUCAUUAUCAACGUGAAGAGCGGUGUCCCGCAGGGCGAUACCAUCUCGCCCAAUCUUUUCAAUGCCGCUCUCGAGAAUAUCAUGCGUCAUUUGGAUUGUGAAGACUUGGGAGUGAAGGUCCAAGGCCGCUACCUAGAUCACUGCUUUGCAGACGACAUCGUGCUUAUAACAUCGAUCAUCGAGCAGGCGGAACGAAUGCUGGCCGAGUUUGACAAUGCUUGUGGAAAGAUCGGUUUGAGACUGGACUUAAUGAAGACCAUGUUCAUGAAAAACGGAUUGGUACCUGAUGCUAUUUUCAUGCUUAACGGAACGAAUAUUUCCGAAUGCUCUAGCUAUGUGUAA